UUUAUCUCAAACCUAAGGACCAUUACUGUCGUUUUCUCCCAAAGAAACAUCAGCUGUUUUCUUUCAGGGAGGGCGGGCUGCCAGAAUUGAUUUUAUACUUCAGAGAGGGGUUUAAGCCUAAACCCUAAAACAAGCUGAGAUGGAAUCUUCUUCUCCGACUGCAGGGAAAAGAAAGCAACCGGAGGAGAACUCCGACGUGAACUCAGUCCAGAAGCUAAAUUCAUCAUCCUCAAAGAGAGUCACUUUAGCUCGAACCUGCGUCCACGAGGUAGCAGUUCCAACUAAUUACACUUCAGCCAACGACGAAACAAUCCAUGGAACCCUCUCAAAUCCUUCGUAUAAUGGAGAAAUGGCAAAAACCUACCCGUUUAAGCUCGACCCAUUUCAGGAAGUAUCCGUCGCGUGCUUGGAACGUAAAGAAUCAGUCCUCGUAUCCGCACAUACCUCCGCUGGGAAAACAGCUGUCGCCGAGUACGCAAUCGCAAUGGCAUUUAGGGAUAAGCAAAGGGUUAUUUACACUUCACCUUUAAAAGCUUUGAGCAAUCAGAAGUACAGGGAGUUAAGCCACGAGUUUUCUGAUGUUGGUUUAAUGACGGGUGACGUCACGCUUUCGCCAAAUGCAAGUUGUUUGGUGAUGACAACGGAGAUUUUAAGGGGUAUGCUUUAUAGAGGUUCUGAGGUAAUAAAGGAAGUAGCUUGGGUUAUAUUUGAUGAGAUACAUUAUAUGAAAGAUCGCGAAAGAGGGGUAGUUUGGGAAGAGAGUAUUAUAUUCUUGCCACCGGCUAUUAAGAUGGUGUUCCUUUCGGCUACCAUGUCGAAUGCUACUCAGUUUGCUGAAUGGAUUUGUAAUAUUCAUAAGCAGCCUUGUCAUGUGGUGUAUACUGAUUUUCGGCCUACCCCUUUGCAGCAUUAUAUGUUCCCUGUGGGUGGUUCUGGAUUGUAUCUUGUGGUUGAUGAGAAUGAGCAGUUUAGGGAGGAAAAUUUUGUUAAGAUGCAGGAUAGUCUUGCAAAACAGAAAUCGGGGGAAAAUAAGAGUACUGCAAAUGCUGCUAAGGUUAGAGGUAGAAUUGCUAGAGGUGGCUCUUCUUCUGGUGUAUCGGAUAUCUGCAAAAUUGUCAAGAUGACCAUGGAAAAGAAGUUUCAGCCAGUCAUUGUGUUCAGUUUUAGUAGAAGAGAAUGUGAACAACAUGCAAUGUCUAUGCUCAAGCUUGAUUUUAAUACCGAAGAGGAGAAGGAAGUAGUGAAUGAGGUUUUCCGUAAUGCAAUGGCUUGCUUGAGCGAGGAAGAUAGAAACUUACCAGCUAUUGCAUUGAUGUUGCCCCUACUUCAGCGUGGAAUUGCUGUUCACCAUUCUGGCCUGCUUCCUGUUAUCAAGGAACUCGUGGAACUUCUCUUCCAAGAAGGACUCAUAAAGGCUCUUUUUGCAACAGAGACAUUUGCAAUGGGGCUAAACAUGCCUGCAAAAACUGUUGUCUUUACCAAUGUAAAGAAAUGGGAUGGUGAUAGUCAUCGUUACAUUGGAUCUGGUGAGUAUAUACAGAUGAGUGGAAGAGCAGGACGUCGUGGCAAAGAUGACCGUGGUAUUUGUAUUAUCAUGAUUGAAGAGCAGAUGGAGAUGAAUAGCCUCAAGGACAUGGUAUUGGGUAAACCAGCUCCAUUAGUCAGCACAUUUAGGCUGAGUUAUUACACACUUUUGAAUUUAAUGAGUCAUGCCCAAGGCCAAUUUACUGCUGAGCAUGUUAUCAAAAACUCAUUUCACCAGUUUCAGUAUGAAAAGGCGUUACCUGACAUUGGAAAGAAGGUCUCUAAGCUGGAAGAAGAAGCUGAGAUGCUUGAUGCAUCUGGGGAGGCUGAGGUUGCAGAAUAUCAUAAACUAAAACUUGAGAUAGCACAACGUGAAAAAAAACUUAUGGCUGAAAUAACACGGCCUGAAAGGGUUCUCCAUUUUCUUCUUCCUGGUAGGCUGGUGAAGGUAUGGGAAGGUGGAAAAGAUUGGGGUUGGGGUGUUGUAGUCAAUGUGGUGAAGAAGCCUCCAGCACCGUCAGGUUCUUUGCCUGCUGCACUCUCUGCUUCACGUGGCACUGGCUAUAUUGUUGAUACCCUACUUCAUUGCUCUCUUGCUUCUGGUGACAAUGGUUCUCAACCCAAACCAUGUCCUCCUCGUCCAGGGGAGAAGGGAGAAAUGCAUGUGGUUCCCGUUCAAUUACCCCUGAUUUCUUCCCUCAGUAAGCUUAGAAUAUCUGUUCCUGCGGAUCUUCGGCCACUGGAAGCAAGGCAAAGCAUCCUGCUUGCUGUACAGGAGCUUCAGAAACGAUUUCCUCAUGGCCUCCCAAAGCUUAACCCUGUAAAGGACAUGGGUUUUGAAGAUCCCGAAUUCGUUGAUAUAGUGAACCAGAUUGAAGAACUAGAGAAAAAAUUGUUUGCUCACCCACUGCACAAGUCACAAGAUGAACAUCAACUUAAGAGUUUCCAGAGAAAGGCAGAAGUGAACCAUGAAAUUCAACAACUCAAGUCAAAAAUGCGUGAUUCACAGGAUGGCUUAGACUUGGCGUUGCAAGGAAAGGAGAAGAUG